AUGCUCCUUCUCACCUCGCCUCGCCUCGCCUCGCCCCUCCUACCCUCGCUUAUCGUCCGCGCACGCGCGCUAAGCGCCUCGCCCGAGUUCCUGCCACCUUCGCACUUCGAUUCCGCGCCAGAGAAACCCGACAGCAAGGGCCAUCUCAAUUUCGACACCCCCCUCGCCUCCUCGUACCUCGCCGAUUCCCCCCGUCUCAAGGCGUCGAAAGCUCGCCAACGUCGCGCAGGCUCCGGCAUCGUCGAGACGAGGGGAGAGGGGGAGGGGGUGGUGUUCCAGGACUUGACCGACGACUCGAGCGCGGCGCCGGCUUUCGCGCCUUUCCUCAGGGGACCCGUCGUCUUGUGGAGUGCCUUGGCGCUGGAAUCGGCCUUCUCCGCGCCGCUGCCGCUUCUAGGCAACUCGGGCUGGGGAGGGGAAUGA